AUGACAGAGAGGGACAAUUGUGUACCAGCAGCACCUUGUGGCAAGUGUCUGCUCAGCCAAUAUGAGGGAUCACUCUGGACUUCUCUAACAGGUUCCUCACACACCAUGUACUGAUGCCAGGAGGUGGGAUGUGAUGUCAGCCCAGCGUUAGCGUGGAGAUGCAGGAAGCUGUGUAUUUAGUUCACAACAAAAUCAAACUUGAUACAAUUUGGUUAUACUGGUGCAACAGCUACGAAAUUUGGCAUUUCACAAAAAUGUAUUCCAAACAGCGGAAGACGACCCUUCGUCUGCCAUCAAUUGAAUUCCUCUUUUUGAAACACCAAAGUUUAUCGCUGCUGCAAUAGCGCAGAAUGACUCCACUGUUUGCAGCUAAAGCAAACACCAGUGCUCUUUAAAUAACCCCCUUAAUACUGUUUUUACUCUGAGUUGUAAACUAAAGAUAUGUCACUACUUGCCUCCUCUGAAUACGUUUGUGUGUACAUUUACCGUAUAUGUCUUCAUUUAGUUUUUUUGUUGUUGUAUGAUUUAGUGGUGGAAGUUAUUAGUGCCCCCAGUAUUGACUCUGGUAUCUUAUGUGGCUCCCGUAUAUAUUAUUCCUAGAGUUACCACUGUAGAAGAAUAGACAUAUGGGGGUGGCUUAGAAGGAGAGACACUGAUGGAAGUGCCACAAAAUGAUAGACACAGUUGGGUGCAACAUAGAGGGGGAGAGACACUGGUGGGGUUGGUAAAGGAGAGACACUGGUGGGGUUGGCAUAGAAGGAAGACAUAGAUGUGGGUGGCACAAAAGGAGAGAAACUGAUGGGGGUGGCAUAGAAGGAAAGACAUAUUGGGGUGGCAUAGAAGAAUGGACAUAUAUAUCUUUCUAUGCCACCCCCAUAUAUACUACUAAUUAAUUCUAUGAUGUGUUUGUUUUGGUUUUUUUUGCAGUUCGGCUGUUCGGCUGCAGAUGGCCUGCUGCUGGGUCUAUUGAAUGGGUUGCUCUGCGCCAAUCAGCAUCUCCUCAUCUCUAUGGAGAGCGUUCCGUGUUUCCAUUGUAGAGCGUGUGAGUGACAGCCACUAGAGGUGUUAGUAGCCAGCAUUGUAAACACUGCUUUUACUCUGAGAAGACUGUAGGUACACUGCAAAGACUGUAGGUACAUGCUAUAGACACCAGAACCACUACAUUCAGGUGUUCUGGUGACUACAGUGUCCCUUUAAACUUUUAUCAACUAAAUGCAAGAGAAUUGCCAUGAGUAAAAGAAGUAGAACAUUCAAAGGGGGAUUUGAUUGUACUGUAAAAAUUACCAUAAUAAGAAGUUUUCACAUUUAUUUUUGCGUUUUCUGCUCCCAUAGCUUGGCGUGAAAUUUCUUUUUCUUCUUGGUGAGUCGCUUGCAGAUUAAUCUCUAGUACGGGAGACCCUUUUCAUUAUCUCUUGAUCUCUUAUCUUCAGCUGAUUGUCUAACUUUUUUUUUAAAAUACAUAUCUUAUAAAUUGGCUCAAUCUUAACAUCAUUUUAUUCUUUACCGUUCUACUCCCAAUAUGUAUUUAGGCCUCUUCUGUACACUGUUACUUGGGAUUCUUCCCACCGAAUGUGCUCCCCUAACAGAUGUGAUUGACUACAUGCCAGGCCUUUCUAUACAACCAUCCUUUCGACAUUACUCUGGGUACCUUGCUGCUUCAGAUGACAAGCGUUUCCAUUAUUGGUGAGUGUUUCUUUCUGUCCCUUUCACAUGCUGCGCCUCCAUAAAAAUAUAAUUUAUUAAAAAACAUAUCUGCAGGUUUGUGGAAUCUGAAGAGGAACACAGUUCUAGACCAGUGGUUCUGUGGCUGAAUGGUGGUCCUGGCUGUAGCUCGUUGGCGGGGCUUCUAACGGAACAUGGACCCUUCCUGGUGUGUUUCAAUUAAGUACAUUCACUAGGACGUGAAAGCAUUUGUGGAUUGCUUUUAAGUUGCUGAAUUUAAAGUGUCUUUAUUUUUAAUAUUAGGUACAAUCAGAUGGUGAAACGUUGGAGUACAACCCUUACUCAUGGAACAAGGUGACUAAUAGAUCUGCAGUCUAGUUUUAAAUCUGUUUUUUUUCCACAUACCGAUACCUAUUCAUAUGCUGCCUUUUCAACCCAGUUCAUACGAUUUUUUUUUCCUCAUCUCUUACUGUUAUUUUCACUCCCGUAGUCUCCAUUAGAUCCCAUUACAGCUUUCUAUUAAAAAAAAACAGAAUAAAGCUGACAAACCUUUAUUUAUUUUCAAUCAGUAGAUUUAUUAAAUGGAAAAUUGGUCAUUUGGAUUCCUUUAAAACAUGACUUAAAGUGGAACCUUUUCUAUAAAUGUGAAGAUGACCAGGCGUACGUCAGCGAAGUAUUAAAAUGUAUCUCAUAAAUUGCUAGCAAGUGCAUAAGCUUUUAUUUGCCAGAAAUGUAUUUAAGUGGACACUGAUUUUGUUCUAUUAAGGAAUUAUCCUCCUUAAAUUUAAAUUAAAUUUAGAAUUUUAGGGCAGCAUUGAAAAAAAUCCAACAUGUUCUGUUCUUUGUUUUUGGUAGCUCCAUAUAGCCUUGUUGUCCAUUUUGUACAAUUGGUGCAACUGAGUAGUUCAACUGUUUGAAAAUGGUUUGACUAUUUAUAUACAUUUGUCAGAGGAAAAGGUGCACAUAAAUGUAGAUAUUUGGUGCUGAGAAUCGUUUUAAUUCUUGAAUGGAAUGUCCUGCAUCUUCAUCAUAACACAGACCGUUAAUGGUCUUUUUACGGGUUAAAAAAUAACCGGACACAGGGCUCAUUUGACCUUCCUGGCCCCCACCACACAUUCAGGUUUUGAUCAGACCAUUUGAAUUGAUUUCAGUUAUUCGUUAUCUGAUUAAAAAUGAUGAUCAUGAAACAUUUUCUGUAUCUCUUUAUAUAACACUGAGCAAACAGAUGAUAUCUUGUGCUUUAUUUUUUAAGUAAAAAUUAGCUAGUACUUUAGAAAAGUGUUUAUUUUUUCCAUAAAUAAUAUGCUUUUUCAAUAAAAAAUCCUUUUGUGCACAUCUUUAUGAAUUUAGCUGUGCUAUGGCCGACUAUGAGCUAGGACAAUAAUUUAUCAUGAACGGUAUGGUUUUUGUUACUUGUGUGCUCUGUAGAUAUUUGUUUUCCGAUUUAGUUUCGUUCUUUGUUUUUAUGAUCUAGAUUGCAAAUAUUCUUUAUCUCGAGAGUCCAGCUGGUGUAGGCUUUUCGUAUUCUGAUGACAAAAACUAUGUGACAAAUGACACAGAGGUAAGAUCUUUAUGACAGCUGCUGACAGUAUCCCAUCUUAAGUGACUGACCCACCCUGCAAGCACUAAAAAUAGAAGUUAAAUUACCUCCUCUCCCAUGUCACGCUGUACUCUCCCAGGCUGGCCCCACCACCUUGGCCGAGACCGCCAUUCUCGAUGAUCUCAAUCCAAUGCUUUCCUGUGGUGCCAAUCCAAUGCUUUCCUGUGUGGGGGCAAGAGCGUUUGGUUGGCAAAACACAGCACUGCACCAUUCAGACGGUCUCUUUGAGACCAUUUGAUUGAAAUACCCUAGUUUUACUCUUCUAUUUUUCUAAAGCACCACAUGUGGCUGUCAGUAUGAUUGCUGACAGGAAAUGUUUUAUACACCUGGGUUAAAACAAAGGGAACAUUGCACCCAGACCACUUCACUGUAAAGCAGUGUUCUGGGUGUCUAUAGUGUCCCUUUAAAGUAACACUUUAGCAUUCCUCACACUAUAGUGUUCCUCUACCUCAGUGUUUCCCAACUGGUGUUCCGCGGAACCUCCGCCAAAAUUUCUAAAAACAAAAUAGUCGCGUGCGGCGAGGGAGCAGUAGGCAGUAAUCUCCCUGCUCAGCUCCCUUGCGUGCACAACAGUGAUGCUGGAGCCGGAAUAUGACGGCAUCACUAAGAGGCACGCGAGGGAGCUGAUCAGGGAGUUUACUGCUCUCUCGCUGCCAGGGCAAACGGGGCAGCUGCCCUGCGCCCAGUUACUCUCGGGGGGCCCAAGGCAUCUUCUCCGUGGGCCCUGCUGCCCUCGACAAUUCUUUCCCCCAUGGGGUCGCCGGCCCGCACAUUAUGGAGGCCACCGGGUGGGUAUUUGUAAGCAGGGGCCCGGUCACACGCUGUAGCCCUUUAACAGCCCGACUGAGCCCUUUGCUUUUCGGCAGCACUGGGAGGAAGUGACGGCUGUGAGUCACUUCCUCCCACUAAGGAGAGAAGCCGCAAGGGAGAUGAAGGAAGGAGCCUGGGCCGGGAGAGGCAGAUCCCAACAGCCUAAUCCUUCAGUCUGGACACUGGGGAACCACCUUCCAAGGUAGGAAACUUGUGGGUGGGUUUAAAAGUGUAAAUUUACUCGCCACUCACCAGCCCCACUGGUUCCCAGGGACCACACGCUCAGCCCAGCAGCCCCACUGGACCACAGGGACAUAGAGACUGCAUGCCAGCACUCCCAAAGGUAGGGAUGCUGGGUGAAGAAAAAUGUAAAAAUAAAAAUAAUUUUAUGUGUGUCUGUUAGGGAGUUUGUAUGUGUCUGUCAAAGAGUACAUGUGUGUUUGUAAGUGAGAGUGUAUAUGUGUUUGUAUGUGUGUUUGUAAAAGAGUAUGUGUGUUUGUCAGUGACAGUGUAUGUGUGACUGUCAAAGAGUAUGUGUGUUUGUCAGUGAGAGUGUAUGUGUGUCUGUCAAAGAGAAUGUGUGUCUGAGUGUAUCAGUGUAUGUAUCUGUGUGUCAAGGUUUGUGUGUGUGUCACUGUGUGUAUCUGAGUGUGUGUGUAUGUCAGUAUGUGUGUGUGUUCCAGUGUAUUUGUAUGUGCCUAUGUGUGUGUAUCUGAGUGUGUCAGUGUGUGUAUAUGACACUGUGUGUAUGUGUCAAUGUGUGUAUCUGAGUGUAUGUAUGUGCCAGUGUGUGUAUAUGUCACUGUGUCUAUCUAAGUGUGUGUAUCCGUGUGUCAAGGUGUGUCAUUGUGUAUCUGUGUGCCACUAUGUGCCAGUGUGUGUGUGUAUCUGUGUGUCAGAUACAUAUAUACACACACACACACACACACAGAUACACACUGACACAGAGACACACACCCAGGCACAUACAAACACAGAUACACACACCUGGACACACACCAGCACAUACAAACACUGAUACACACACUUUUACACAUAGAUACAAACACCUUGACACACAGACACUGUGUGACAAGGUGUGUGUGUCUGUAUUCCACCAUGUGCCAGUGUGUGUGUGUCAGUGUGUCGGAUUCAUACACACUGGCACAUACAAACACAGAUACACACACCUUGAUACACAGAUACAUACAUACACAGAUACACACUUUGACACACAGAUACAUACAUACACACAACACACACAUAUACACACUGUGUGUCAAGGUGCAUGUAUCUUUGUAUCAGUGUGUGUAUCUGUGUGACACUAUGUGCCAGUUUGUGUGUAUAUCGGUGUGUCAGAUACAUACACACGCACAUACACAGAUACACACACCUUCACACACUGAUACACACACAAAAAACGGCGCAAAAACAUUUUCCCCCGGGGGGGUGGGGGGGGGGGAAUGUGGGGGGUUCCACGAUGUUUAUACACUAUGUUAAAGGGAUCAGCGAGAAUUAUUAAAUUUAUUGGGAACCCCUGCUCUACCUAUAUGUGCCCUCCACCCCACGGCUGUGAGAAUUUAAAUGCUCAGUUUACUUACCUUACCUCCUGUAGAGCUCUGGUCACAGAGCCAAAGCUCCAGUGCCUUGGCUGAGGUUAUCAUCAUUUCCAUUGGAAGACUACUGUGGAUAUGCGGCAAAUGUUCUAUGACCAUCUGACUGAAAUAGCAAAGUUUUACUCUGCUCCAUUCAUGGAAGUGCCUCUAUUAUCUGUCAGUGUGACAGCCACUAGAGGCAUCCUAACUCUGCAAUAUAAAUAUUGCCACUCCUACAGAACAGCAAAGUUUUCAGUUGCAGGUAUAAAACAACCAGUCCAUUGAGGUUAUGUAGCCUGGGUGUCUAUAGUAUCCCUUUACAUUUACACUUUUCCACACACUUCAAAUUUUUUUUUACCUUUUAUAUCAUCUGUAUUCUUUUACCUCUCUUCCGUGCUCCCCAAUUUGUUCGUAGAUGCAUUGUGCAUUUCUAAUGUCAGUAUAUUGAUAAAAGGCUGUGGUUAUGUCCCCACAUCUUUCAAACUGAACACCCCAGAGGGAACUGUGGCUCCCUGCUCAUCUAUCGCUAAUUUAAAAGUGCCAUAUUAUUGCUUUGGUGCCAAAGAACCAGGCGGAAAAAAACAAACAAACUAACAAAAACCCAAAGAGUGUUUUCAUUUCUCUCAGUUUUCUUUAUCCUGUCUACAAAACACAAAAAAGCAGAGAUUAUAACAAUGAUUGACAGAGAGCUACAACGGAAGCACUCAUUUACAGACUAGAGUGGUGUGAAUUUCUACAUUUAAUUUAAUUUUUUAGAUUUCACAAAUAUAUAUUUGUUAAAUAUAGCGAUACGUAAAAAUUAUAUUAAAAAAAACCUGGGAGUUCACAGUUGCCCUUUAAGAAAUCAUUUACAUUUCUCAGAGGAAAAGAUGCACAUAUAUGCACCAAAACCACUAUCUUAAGAUAUAGGGGUCUUUAGUGCUGAGAAUCCUUUUAAUUUACUGGAACUGAGAAUUGACCAGGAAAUUGCUAAAUUUAGGCCAAAAAUGAUUUCCCAAAUCAGCUGUUUUGGCCUAAAAGUACAACAUGUGAUGCCAAUAAUUCCUGGUUUAGGUAAUAAUUCCUACAUGUCUUGGGGACACCAAAGAACAUAUUCAAAACUAUAAAUUUAACACAGAUAUUAAAAUGCAUUUUCUGGAAAUAUUUUGAAUCUGUACUUCAAUGCUGCUUUCUUUCAUUUUCUUUGUCAUGAUGAUUUAUCAUCAUUGCUAUUUGUUUUUAAUUUUCUAGACUUUAACUCUUUCUCAUAGGUUGCUGAAAAUAAUUAUCAAGCAUUGAAAGACUUUUUCCGUCUGUUCCCGGAGUUCCAAGAAAAUGAUUUCUAUAUCACUGGGGAAAGUUAUGGGGGUGUAUAUGUUCCAACUCUAGCUGUAAGAGUUUCCCGGGAUCCCAGUAUAAACCUAAAGGUAAGGGAAAAUUUCUAACAUAUAUAUUGGAAUCAAUAAUAGAUAUAAUUUUUCGGACUGUAUUUCAUUCUAUAGUGGUUAUGUUAGGAAGGAGUUGCAUAAUAACCACUUAAAGAGGCCCUCUUAACAACUUAAUCACAAUUUGCUUUAAUGCUUUUCCUAAAACCAAGGGUCUUUCUGGAGCACACAGACCACCAUGACCUAGAUUUAAUUAAUAAUGUGGAACAUGUCCGUGUUAACAAUGUAAAAUUCAUCCAAACCUGUUCAAAGUUCAUGUAAGUAAAGCCUAAUGGCUAGAUGGUAUUCACCCACAGGUACUUAUGGAGCUUAGUAUAGAAAUACCCAAACCAAUGUUUUUCAUUUUCCGGGAUUCUUUUCUUUCAGGAAUGUUACCAAAGGAUUGGUAACAUUAGUUUUUCCUUUUUUUAUUGUUAAAACGAAUAAUGUAAAUAAAAAAUAAAAAUAAAAAGCCCUUAACCCCUUAAGGACACAUGACAUGUGUGACAUGUCAUGAUUCCCUUUUAUUCCAGAAGUUUGGUCCUUAAGGGGUUAAAGGAUUAAUGCAAUCAUCAGAAUCACUACAGUCCGAUGUAGUGGUUAUGAAGCCAGGCGCACCCUGGCCUGGUUCCCAAACGGUUUGCCCCCUUUCUUGGGUCCCUACUGGUCUCUGAUGCUCACUGUAGGUCUGGUGAAGGUUGCACAGAACUAACAUUAGGUAGGAUGGACUCUAAUUCCAGACUGGAUGAAGACACCUUAGUGAUCCUGCUGGAGUUGCAGUUUCACCUCUGGCAUCAGAAUUGCUGCACAUACAGAAACCAGGCACCAUGACAACUUCAAAUCACUGAAUUAGUCAUUGGAGUAAAAUGUAAAAAUUCCUUUAUUUUAGUUCUGGAACACAGCUAUUCCUUACGCUGUGUGAUCAGGAUUUAUGGAUUGAUGGUCCAAUCCAAUGCUUCUAUUAGAGCAAUAUUGCAGACCUACAGCACAUACGUGGCAAAUGCUGAUGUGAUUCUAUGCAAUGCAUCUCAUUGAGUUUGGCAUUCUCACACCAGUGAUCACACCAGAUGCGAAGACCAUAGAAAAUUGAAGAUCUUAAGAAUGAAGUGUCCAUAGUGGCAGUGGCUGUCAGUUUGAUUGUCUGAGUAAAGGAACAGCAUCUACAUUACAUUAAGAUGGAGUGGUUUUAAUGCUUAGUAUGUCCCUUUAAUUACAUUCUGUGAAGACAUUCAUAGAAACAUAGAUCAGGGUGUUAUGGUAGGUAUAAGUCAUUUGUACAAUUCCACCUAGCAUGUUAAUAUGCAAAUGAAAAGAAAUUGGUUUAAAAUGUUGACGUGGUAGAUGGAGGCACCCUGGACCAGAACACACUACUAGCGCACAUUGUCGUAUUACCAAAGGAAAGGAAAGAACCAACCGCAUGCCCCAGCUACAGGCCGAUCUCCCUGUUGAAUGCGGAUCUAAAGCCACUUGCAAAGAUUCUAGCGCUCCGCUUACAACCGUCCCCACCACAAUUGAUACACCCUGAUCAGGUGGGAUUUAUUAGGAAUAGGGAAGCAGGAGAUAACACCACCAAAGUGAUCAACCUGAUACACGCAGCCUGAAAGACCCUGGCUCCCUCGCUAUUGAUAUCCACGGACACAUGGAAAGCUUUCGACAGAUUAGAUUGGCCUUUCCUGUUUGACACACUGAAACAAGUGGGAAUGGGCCCAAAUAUGCGGGCAUGGAUCGGAGCCUUGUACAGCAACCCAGCCACACGGGUCUAUGUAAAUAGCACACUAUCCAACCCGUUCACGAUCAGGAACGGCACCCGGCAGGUGUUCGUAUUGAACACCCCUGCUGUUCGUAUUGAGCUUGGAACCAUUUCUCAAUGCCGUAAGGGAACGUCCCAACAUUAAAGGCAUAAGAGGCGGGUGGGGGGAAAGCAAAAUAUCAGCAUAUGCAGAUGACCUGCUAUUUACAGUGCAGAACCCACUAACGUCACUCCCGGCCAUCAUGCAGGAAUUCGAACAGUACAACACUUUAACAAAUCUCCAAAUUAACUAUAUGAAAUCGGAAAUCCUCCACAUCGGGUGUGACCGCACACUGAUCGCCUCACUUAAAACGCGUUUCCCGUUCUGCUGGCGCACGGAAGCAAUUAAAUACCUAGGAGUCUGGAUAACUUCAGACAUUUCACACCUUUUCCGACUCAACUUCCCACCUCUACUGGAAAGGGUGGUCGCAAACAUCAAAACGUGGACGGUUCCUCAUAUCACCUGGCUGGGACGGGUGAAUGUCCUCAAAAUGAAUGUGCUCCCAAGAUUCCUGUAUCUCCUUUAGACACUGCCAGUACCAAUCCCCCAGACAUUCUUCGCUCAGGCGCGCAGAACCUUCACAACAUAUAUAUGGAACAACCGGACGGCCACAAUUAAAUACGAGAUCCUGAUCAAGCCCAAGCCACGGGGCGGCCUUGAACUCCCGGACCUGACCACAUACUACUGGGCCAUCCACCUGCAACAGGUGAUCGAAUGGGCAACAUCACCCUCGGACAAACUCUAGAUAAACAUAGAAGCCAGCUUCACGACGCUCCCUCUGCGAACACUCCCGUGGCAGCCCUCAACUCCAGUGACCAGGGGAGAAUGAAGCUACCCCAUAAUAACCACCACCCUCUGCAUCUGGAGCAAAAUAUCGGUGGGGCGGAACCCUCCCCACCUAUCUCCCCCCUCUAUCCCAUCAUGGGUAACCCGGCGUUCCGCGGCCUUGACACAGCUCGGACCAUGGCCAGCCUGGGACUGCCGCCGCAAUGUAAGCUACAACACCGGCUUACAAAUGGAACCAUCACACUGCUCCCUGACCUACCCACGCCGGAACCUCCAGAUUUAAUGACGAGAUUUAGACAUCACCAAAUAACCCUCAGACUCAAGCAAGUACCCAACAUAACCUCGGCCGACAGACAGCUCACCACAUUUGAAACACUAUGUACCCAACCCCUACCGCCGCCACACGCCAUCUCACUGCUCUACCGGCUACUGCAGACACUGCCAACCAACCAGUCCUUCCCUUAUUUCACUGAACACUGAGAAUGAGACCUAUGUCAUCCUCUGACACCAGAACAGUGGACAUCACACUGACACACAAAUCGUCAAUCAGCACGUAAUACCAGGAAUCCGGAUACAAACUAAUAUCCCACUGGUAUAAAACCCCAGAGAAACACACACACAAACACACACACACACACAGGCAGACAUAGAAACAUAGAAUGUGAUGGCAGAUAAGAACCAUUCGGCCCAUCUAGUCUGCCCAGACAGUCACACAUAGGCAGUCACACACACACACACAGGCAGACAGCCACACACACACACACACAGGCAGAUAGUCUCACACACAGGCAGACAGUCAUACACACAGUCACACACAGGCAGACAAUCAUACACACAGGCAGACAGUCAAACACAGACAGUCACACACACAGGCAGACAGUCAAACACACAGACAGUCACACACCCACACACACAUACACAAAAGGGCAGACAGUCACACCACACAGGCAGACAAUCACACACACACAGGCAGACAGUCAAACACACAGACAGUCACACACACACACAGGCAGACAAUCACACAAAGUUACCUCUGUUUCUUGUGGAGGCAGCCGGACAGUGCAGCUCCUGGAUUCUGGUUGUUGGGGGGAAGCAGGGACUCUUUCCUGCUUUCCCUGCAGCAGUUAUCCGGUGAUUUUAGCUCCACCCCCUUUGCAGGGAAGCGCCGCCCCGCCGCAAUUUUUUUUUUUAACCCGUCCGGCCAUGUGUGAGCUGUGUCGGCUGUCAGGGCGCCCCCUGCUCGUACACCCCUAAGGCUGGCCCUGCAGGUACUCCUCCCCCCCUCUGAUCACCACUCCUACAACUAUUACUUACCUUUCCUUUCCUGAAUCUCCGCCUGCCAAUGAGCAACCAACCCAGCGGCAACCUACAGGCCGCUAAAAUGAUAGGGACCACCCAACCCCAACACCCCCCACAAGAUACAACCUACUACCAACUACCAACUCAGGUAUACACUGUAUAUCCUAUAUUAUACACUGUGUUAGACCCAGACUAUAAUUGCUGCCAACCUGGCCCACUGAUUAUUGAUUGCCAAUAUUGCUCUAUGAUAUGCUCUCCUGAUAAGCCUCAAUCCAACGUCUCGCUGACACCACACACAGACUUGGUGUUAAGAGGAGGCAAACCGCCCAGCACCACCUAAACGAGAAAUGAUCUAAUUGCCAUGUACACACAUCAUGCCUCUGCGUAGGCAAUAGUACACAUCAUUCUGAUAAGACUUAGCCCAACCUCUGGCCACCAAGGUACGCAGUCUGGAUAUUAGGAUGUUACGAAUUGCCCAUUAUUACCUAUGUUUUUUGAUGUGAAAGAUGUUAUCUGCAUUACCCUUGUUUGACGUGCCAUGCCUCUGCGUAGGCAACCGUGCAUGCAUGCACCUAUUUCUUUUGCAAACCGGUUCAUUGUCUGCUAUUAUUUUGCAUACAAAAUAAAAAAAUGUUCACGUGGGACAAAUGUGGUAAGUAGAGUCCGUCAGUUGUCUGUUCUGAUCCACUUCUCUUCAAGAUGUUUAUUAAUGAUCUUAUAGUAGGCAUUGAAAAUGCUAUGUACGUUUGCAGAUAACAGGCAGUGACAUAAGGUAAUUCCUUGUGAAUCGGUUAUUACUGUGCUGCUGUGGAAUUUGCAUAUAUUAGGGGACUGGGUAGUCAAGUGGACGAUGAGAUCUAAUAUAGAGUUAUGAAUUUUGGGAUGAGGAAUUCACAGGCAACUUAUACCCUAAACCUAAACGGUCAAAAAAAACUAUAAAUGAGAUGGACUUUGGGAUAUAUAUAGACUAGGCACCAAUGUGCAAUAAUGGGUAGCAUUUGCUAAGGCCAGAAAGAUAUUGCCAGUCAUAUUAAGCUAAAGUUGUUUAGGUGUCUCUUUAAUGUAAAAAUGAAGAUGCUGCUUCAUUGGUCUAUUUGAGCUUGUCUGGUACCAUAAAAGGAAAGCUCUGUGCGCCAUAAUUACUACAGCCCUUGUAGUGGUUAUGGUGUCGUGAGUGCCAUGGCGCCCUGCUGGAGUAAGUAGUCAAACAGUAGCCAAAGCCUGGCUGUGCAAGGCGAUACUCAUUGGCUGAGGCACUCUUGGCACCAUAACUAGUACAUCGAGAUACAGUUCUUAUCGUGCGUGCAGUGUUCAUUUCAUUGUUGGUACGUUGAGACUCUAGUGUUAAUUAAAUGUAAUUUCUGUGCCAUUUCUUUUUCUAGGGUAUUGCUGUGGGAAAUGGACUCUUAAGCACUGAGAUAGAUGCUAACUCCCUCCUGUAUUUCUCUUACUACCAUGGGAUUAUUGAUUCACAGUGAGUCUAUAUAUUUCCUCUCGUGAAAACAAAUAACUAUAUUCUAUUAGGUAUACAAUAUGCUCUUUUAUCUUUUUAUAGGCCAGUAAGCCUUACUUCAGUAGUGGGGGAGUAAUAGAAACCAUGUUAAAGGAUGAACAUCUAAAAACACAUGGAUUUCAAGAUCAGAGACAACAUGGGUUUACUUCAGGGAGAUCAUGCCAAACUCAUCUUAUUGAUUUUUUUGAUUGGGUAACUAAAAUAAUAGAUCAGGGUGGUGCAGUAGACAUUGCUUACCUAGAUUUCAGUAAGGCUUUUGACACUGUUGCACAUAGAAGGCUUAUCAGUAAACUGCAAUCUUUAAGUUUGGAUUCCAAUAUUGUUGAAUGGGUAAGGAAGUGGCUGAGUGACAGGCAACAGAGGGUUGUAGUUAAAGGACCACUCUAGGCACCCAGACCACUUCAGCUUAAUGAAGUGGUCUGGGUGCCAGGUCCAGCUAGGGGUAACCCAUUUUUUCAUAAACAUAGCAGUUUCAGAGAAACUGCUAUGUUUAUGAAUGGGUUAAGCCUUCCCCUAUUUCCUCUAGUGGCUGUCUCAUUGACAGCCGCUAGAGGCGCUUGCGUGCUUCUCACUGUGAUUUUCACAGUGAGAGCACGCCAGAGUCCAUAGGAAAGCAUUAUGAAUGCGCAUUCAGCCGACGGGGAGGAGAGAAGGAGGAUCGGAGGAGGAGAGCUCCCUGCCCAGUGCUGGAAAAAGGUAAGUUUUAACCCCUUUCCCCUUUCCAGAGCCGGGCGGGAGGGGGACCUUGAGGGUGGGGGCACCCUCAGGGCACUAUAGUGCCAGGAAAACAAGUAUGUUUUCCUGGCACUAUAGUGGUACUUUAAUGGAAUAUAUUUGAAGCUUGGACUUGUCACCAGUGGGGUACCUCUGUACUUGGACCCAUUCUCUUAAAUAUUUUUAUUAGUGAUAUUGCAGAAGGUCUUGAUGGUAAGGUUUGUCUUUUUGCUGAUGAUACUAAGAAAUGUAACAGGGUUGAUGUUCCAGUAGGGAUAAGCCAAAUGUCAAAUUAUUUAGGUAAACUAGAAAAAUGGUCAGAGUUGUGGCAACUGACAUUUAAUGUGGAUAAGUGCAAGAUAAUGCAUCUUGGAUGUAAAAAACCAAGGGGAAAGAAUAGAAUAUUUGAUAGAGUCCUAACCGCAACAUCUGAGGAAAGGGAUUUAGCGGUGAUUAUUUCUGAUGACUUAAAGGUAGGCAGACAAUGUAAUAGAGCAGCAGGAAAUGCUAGCAGAAUGCUUGGUUGUAUAGGGAGAGGUAUUAGCAGUAGAAAGAGGGAAGUGCUCAUGCCAUUGUACAGAACACUGGUGAGACCUUACUUGGAGUAUUGUACACAGUACUGGAGACCGUAUCUUCAGAAGGAUAUUGAUACUUUGGAGAAAGUUCAGAGGAGGGCUAUUAAACUGGUUCAUGGAUUACAGGGUAAAACUUACAAGGAAAGGUUAAAGGAUCUUAACAUGUAUAGCUUGGAGGAAAGACGAGACAGGGGGGAUAUGAUAGAAACAUUUAAAUACAUAAAGGGAAUCAACACAGUAAAGGGAGAGACUAUAUUUAAAAGAAGAAAAACUACCACAACAAGAGGACAUAGUCUUAAAUUAAUAAUAUCAGGGAGUAUUACUUUACAGAGAGGGUAGUGGAUGCAUGGAAUAGCCUCCCAUCUGAAGUGGUAGAGGUUAACACAGUAAAGGAGUUUAAGAAUGCGUGGGAUAGGCAUAAGACUAUCCUAGACUUAAAAUAAGGCCACGGACUAAUGAAAGUAUUUAGAAAAUUGGGCAGACUAGUGGUGAUUUUCUGCUGUCACAUUCUAUGUUUCUAUAUUGUCAAUACUUAUAAUGAUAAUAUAAAAGUAUUUAUAUGACUCGUUGCCAGUUUUCAUCUAUGUCCUGUAGUUUAGAUGUUACUUCCCAACUUAAUGGUUCUGAUUUUAUUGACCUGUUUUUCUUGUGUUCAGGGUAGUCAUCAGGGGGUACAACCAGUACAAGUGUAGGUUCCAAUGACCCUACCAACAAGUUGUUACCAUCUUCUCACCAUUGUCCUCCCUCAUUGUGCUCCAGACUUCACCUAGGCCCUGAGGUCCAGCAUGAAGUCUGCAGCUUAGACUCUGAGCCUGGUGGACCAUUUCCAUAUACCUUUGAGUAUAUAGUGUAUAUGUAGAUAUGUAUUCAUUUUCAUCAAUGUCCAAAUGCAUCCCAUUAUAUGCAUAUAUGUCUCGGUAAAGGGUUACUCCAAGCAAAAAAACAAUGUUUUAAGAAAACACUGUUUUUAGUUUGAGUAACCCUUCCUAUCCUGGAACCCCCACAUACACACAAAAAAAAAAAAUGCUAAAACUCACCUUCCUUUACAGUGUUGUCUCCGAAUUUCCACAGGAGCCCAAUCCUCCUCUAAUGACGUCACUCCCACUGACUGGAGGGGGAGAGAUGUAGGGUGAGGGCGGAAUGAGGGGAGGGAAUUGGCAGCACGUAUGGGGCCGUGCUGCCAUUUGCUGUCUGUUGCCAGCAUUAUGUUCGUGCUGACGACGGAUGACAAAUUGGCACAGAAUUUACAUUAGUCAACUUAGUCAAACUAUUGGUCUGGCUGGCUAACGACGCCCUAAUGAUGCUUCCGGAGGUGGAGUCACACCUAUGGCAGCGGAGGGGUUAAACUCUGUAUGUCCAGUGUUUCACAGCAAAAUGCUGAACAUACACUCUAGGCACCAUGACCACUUCAAAUCAAUAAAGUAGUUUUGGUGCUUGGGGUAGCUAAUUGUUCUCAGCAUAUUGUUAAUAUAGCAGGAAGUCUGACCUUGGAAAUAAUUAACCUGUUACUGAUGCGUUUAUAGGCUUUGGUCAUUGCUUCAAUUACAUUGUUGCGAAGAUGGAAAAUGCUCCUUCACUGAUAAGAAACGCCUGGUGUGUCUGCUUUUGGUGCGUAUACCUGUAUUUGUGGUGAAGAGUGUAUGGAGAACCUAUCGCCUCUCAAUCUAACUCCGUGAACUCUCAUUUCAGGCUCGAAAAGCAUAUUAUACAACCAUGGGUGGCGGAAUGAAUAUAUAUAACCUAUAUCAACCAUGUGCAGACGGAGCCCCCGGCCAAAUCAGGUACAUCUCAGUGCUACUGGGAUUGUUAUAUUCAUAAUUGCUACACAGACAUUCCAAGAGUCACGAUUUUAGCGGGUCAGUCCUGAUUUGGGACAUCUGUCUUGCUGUGCCAGGUUAUUCCAUAAGUGCAGGGCAGUUGGAAGAACGUCCUCAGUACGAGCAAAUGCUCUCGUGGUGCUCUGGAAACUUGCCUGUGUAACCUUGAUAGGCAUGUUAACACAAAUUUAAAGUGAGUAAUGUACCCGAAUGCCGCAGACACAUCCCCCUACCAUCCCAGUUUAGUGGAGGCCACAAUUCGGAGGUAUUAAUAUCAGUUUCAGAAACAUUAAUAAAAAUAAGAAAUUGAAAUUCUAUUAAGGAUAAUUUUUCAAAGAGCAUUCCUAAAACAUUUCAAAUUCCCUAAGAGGUGUAGACUAGUUUUAGGAAGUGUGGAUGGUGGGAUGACAACAAGUGGUACUAAUCCAGUAAAAGUUAAAGGAACACUAUAGCGUUUGGAAUAUGUGUUUGUAUUCCUAGUGCUAUAGUGUCCUAGUAACUAUUCUGGUGACCACCUUCCCGUGUGCAAUGUAAAAUUAACUACUUACCUUUCAGCUCUUAAAUUAACUGUCUCAGCACUGCCACACUGCCUCCUUGGCUGACAUAAUCAAAAUUGGCAAGUGUGUAUGCACGACAAAGCAGCGCACUGUGCAGUCUCAUGUUCUUUAUGAGUCUGACUCAGUUCUCACAGUGGAAGAGCCUCUAGUGGCUGCAAGGAAGAUAGCCUCUAUAGGUGUGUGUAAACCUGCAAAGAAAAUAUUGCAGUUCUUACAGCAAUGUUUUAGAUUACAGGUUUAAAAUGGCAGGCGCAAUGCUUCAUUGAGAUUACGUGGCAUGGGUGGCUUUUAAAGGACAAGCAGUGCUAAUCAGGUACACCUUGACAAGCUUGGCGGCAUAGGGAAAGGUUGAGAAAGGCCUGCCAGAGAGUGAUGAAUGCAAAGAUGAUUGACAGGGGAGCAAGAUGUAGGCACCCAGUUUCCAGUUACAUUAUAGAAAUAUGGAUAUCUAACUUUAAUUUUACUUUUCAGGCCUCACAAACACAUACUUGCUAACUAUAGAAGACACAUAAUUAGAAUAUUAUAAAACCUGCAAAGUGACAGUUCCACUUUAAAUUACACAGUCAUCAGUAUUACUGUCUACCCGAUGUUUGUCUCAUUUUUAUAGGGACAACGGAGAUCACGUCACUGUAUAUCAUCCUGGUUUUUUCUCUCCAACACUUGGAUCCCACUUCAAAGAAGUAAUUGUCCCACUGCAUAAGAUAAAUACUUGUGAGAAAAAGUUAUACUGUGAAAAACACAAAAACGGGUGUAGUAAAAUAAAACAAAUUUUACUUUCAGUACGUGGCUUUGUUUCUUGGUGUCCUGUACAUUAACGUGAUCAUUUGAUCUCUUAAAGUGCAUGACUAAUAGGGUUUACAACAAAAAAACAAAAUAUGAGUUUUCAAAAUAGUGCUGUAGUAUUUUCAGCAAUUUUAAAGGCAGACUGACAGGCAGCUAGGAACUGUACCAUUUUUCACGUUUCCCACCAACGUGUGUGUUUAGUCUUUUGGUGAGUGCUUUGUGCAUUACAUUUUUAGAGUUGGGUCUAUCACAAGUGCAGGAACUGGAUUUAAAACUAGAGAAGCAGCAGGGAAAUACAAAGUGAAUUUAUAGUGUAUUUCAAAUUUAAAGGGACACUGUAGGCACCCAGACCACUUUAGCUCAUUGAAAUGGUCUGGGUGCAGUGCCCCAUCACCCUUAACCCUGAGCAUGUAAUUAUAGCAGUUUUUAAUAAACUGCAAUGAUUUCCUGCUAGAGUUAACUCCUCCUCUAGUUGCUGUCUACCAGACUUUUGGUCACCUAAAUGAUGCUGGAUGUCCUCACGCUAUGCAUAAGGACUUCCAGCGUCACCAGAAUCCCUCUAGGAAAGCACUGAAUAAUGCUUUCCUAUGGGGAAAUCCUAAUGUAAGCGCGGCCAUUGCCGCAGGCGCAUUAGGUCUCCCCCGCCAGCUGAUGUUGAUGGAGGAGGAGUGGAGGCAGUGGUGUAUCCUGGUUUUGUGCUGCCCUAGGCACACAGUCAGACACACACACACACACAGUCAGACACACAGUCACACACAAACACACACACAGUCAGACACAAACACAGUCAGACACACACAUAGACACAAACACACACACAGUCAGACACACACACACAGUCAGACACAAACACACACACACACAGUCAGACAAACACACACACACACACACAGUCAGACACACACACACAGUCAGACAUAAACACACACACACAGUCACGCACAAACACACAGUCAGACGCACACACACACGGUCAGACACAAGCACAGUCAGACACCUACACGACACAAACACACACACAGUCAGACACGCACAGUCAGACACACACACACACAGUCAGACACACGGUCACACACAAACACACACACAGUCAGACCCACACACACACGCACAGUCAGACACACACACACACACACAGUCAGACACACAGUCACACACACACAGUCAGACACAAAACACACACAGUCACACACAGUCAGACACAAACACACACAGUCAGGCACACAGUCACACACAAACACACACACACAGUCACACACACACACACACACACACACACACACACGGUCAGACACAAGCACAGCCAGACACACACACAAGCACACACGCAGUCAGACACACAUACACACAGUCAGACACACACACACAGUCAGACACGCACAGUCACACAAACACACACACACACACAGUCAGACGCACACACACACACACACACACACAGUCAGACACAAACACACACACACACACACAUCACUCCACAUUUUUAAUUUAGCCCCCCCGCCUCCUUACCUUUGGGAGUGCUGGGGGGAGGUGUUCCUCUUUCUCCCUGGUGGUCCAGUGGCUGCCGGUCGGGCUGACUACUAGAUGGGCGGCUCGCGAUGGAGCACUUCCUCUGAGCAGUCUGUUCAGCUCCCUCGCGCGCCGCAGAGUGAGGCUGGGAGCCGGAAUAUGACAUCAUCAACCCGGCUCCCAGCCUCACUCUGCGGCGCGCGAGGGAGCUGAGCAGACCGCUCAGAGGAAGUGCUCCCUCGCCAGCCGCCCGCCCACCCAGCGCCCAGCAUGUCUGUUAGCCGUGAGGCUAACUAGGCAUUUGCCCUGGGCAUUUGGGGGCAGCGUUUUUUGCCACCCCUGAAAAAUGCCGCCCAAGGCAAAUGCCUUGUUUGCCUCGCGGCUAAUACGUCCCUGAGUGGAGGUGGACCCAAGUCAGCACCGAGAGACAUCUAUGCUGGACUCAGGUAAGCGACAGAAGGGGAUUUUCAACCCAUUCUGCAUCAUAGGGAAGAGGGUAAGAAUGGGGGGUGGGGUGGGGGAGGGUGUUUGACAGAGGGGGAAGCUGUAGUGCCAGGAAAACGAAUUUAAUCUUCAAAAUAGCCAAACUAGAAAAAAUCUGCUAGUCAGCUGUGCCUCCAGUUUAGUUACUUUAACCUUAACUUUCAAAUUAACUUUGAAUUCACUAUAAAUUCCUGACAAUUCUCAAUUUAGUGAACAGCUAUGGUUGUGUUUAAUAAGCUGCCAGACACAUGUGCUUAGUUAGAGUUGAGGAGAAGGUGGGAGUAGGGCCUUGUAUGUCCUUAGAUAUAUGCUUAUGAAAUGACACAUAUUGGACAAGAAGAAAACUGAUAGUGUAGAGUUUUCACUUAUGUAAGGGGAAAUUAAUGUAGAAAUCCACUAAUCGUUUCAUGAGCGAAAGGCUGGCUCUAACAGUUGCUCUUGAGCGGUACAACCCCGGUGAUGUCACGUUACCGUGAAUUUUAAAUUUUACUCUGCCAUAUAAAGAGAAGGUAACCAGGACACUUUUUGUUUUUAGUAGAUUACAAUAAACAUCUAUUUUUGUCAACUUUUUUCUCAUUUACCUUCUUUUACAAUCAACUACUUCCUGGAUAUUCGCUUUUUGGGGAAGAUACCACCUAUGCCUUGUGGUCUGAAAAACUUAGUUUGCUCUUUAUCUUUAAAGGUUUUUAUAGAUUUGUACUUAUAUAUUAUCCAAUUAUACACUAUAUAUGUUUGUUUUAUCUUCCAUAUCCACGUUGAGGAGAGCAUAAGGUAAUAUAUGCUAGAGUGGGACUUGUACCACUCCACACUCACUUUCAGGAGCCACUCUUAGGCUCACAUACAUGAAAGUACAAAUCCAUUUUAAGAUAUACUGCACAUAUUGGUUCAUUUUUCUAAUUUAUUGCAUAUUCUAUGAAGUAUCUCAUAUGAAGUAAAUAGUACAUCUUUAUCCAUAAGCGGGGAUUGUAUUGCUCAAGUGUAGCUGUUGGAGUUAGCCUUUAGCUCCUGUAAGUGUAAGGGCAUUUCUUCAUUCAUUUCCUCCCACAUAGGAGAAAAUACUACACUAUCAGUUUUAUGUUUUUCCAAUUUUUUUCAUUUCAAAAGCAUACAUCUAAGGCGCCACUCCCAACUCCGCUCAAGUCUACAUUUAUCAGGCAAAGAAGAGAGACACCUGGCCGGGUUGGGUUGCUACAUACCUGUUCCACUACAGCUAGGCCAUUUGUACUAUUUGCUUAAUUUGUGUGUAUGUAUGUUCAGUAAUGAAAUCCAAGAUUUACAUGGAACUUCCCAUAAUUGCUGUGAUAUCAACAGAAUUCAUAUAAAUUGCAGAAUAAUAUAUCAAAUUUCCCUACUCUGAAUAAUUUAACAAGUUAUAGAACAGUAUUUAUUUUUUAUUAUUUUUGUAUUUAUUUUUUUUAGAAUAAGAAAUGUUCUGCAUGUAUUAAUAGGUUUGAGCUUUUUAUCAUAUGGAAAAAAAAAUUUUAUGCUUUCUUCGCUGCUAUAUGUGGUGAAAAGGGAUUUCCUUUUGUGUACUAUCGCUGCUCCCAUUUAGUGAAAGGAAAACAUGGCAGCUGACGUUUUGGUGUCCUGUUUUUUUUUUGUUUGUUUUUUUCAUGCACUUUUUAUUUUUUAAUCCUUAGAAACUAGCUAAUGUGACUCGUUCACAAAAGCCAGUGAAAAUGGGCGUUCCGUGUAUAAACAACACGGCUAUCAUGACGUUCCUGAAUAAGGUUGAGGUGCGCGCUGUGUUGCAUAUCCCAGAUGAAGUGCAAGAAUGGGGGAUUUGCAGGUGAGGAUUCACCUUUUCCAAAUAUAUUCCUUACAUUGCUUAAUAGCGAAAUUAUCAGCCACACUAUGCAAACAUUUACACAGUCUUAUGUCGUGUAUUGAGAGUUUCUCUUUUACAAAUUGGACAUUUACACUUUUUUUUUACUUUUUUUUUAAAUAUUUUUUCGUGAGGAGAAGUGGACACCUAUCAGGCUCUCCAGAGGAAGAUUAACCAUAAGGCACCUUAUUCUGUCACUUAGGGCCCAGGGGUUUGACAGGAGCCACAGAACCUAGUUCACCCCGUAUAAGCCCACUCUCCUGUCCCGAUAUUGAAUUCCCUAUGUUUGGGGGUAGGCAUAUACUUAACGCUUAAAUAAACCAAGCCACACACAAAUACCACUUUUUUUUCUAUGUAAUUUUUAAGUCUAUAGUUUACUUGUCUAUUUCUUCUAUCUGUAUUCUAUUAGUGAGACGGUGUUUAGCCAAUAUGAAAGAGAGGUCGAAAGUGUACACAACCAGUUUAAGGAACUUCUGAAAAAGGUAAGAAGUCAAAUGAUAAACUGCAGUUUUCCUUGUAUUAUUAUGAAUCUGUCUGAGCAUUCUGAGCUGGGAUGAAGGUGGUCAUUAUUUUUUAAUACGUAAGGCUAUGCUGGCAAGGUGGUUAUAUCUCAAGCUACCACUAGAGGCAGGACUUAAAUUAAAAAUAUAUUUAUGUUUCUAUUCCUUGAAUGAACACUUGUCGCACUUAAGAAGGUGUGUUAGUCCAUAGUUAGGCAAGACAGGAGGAUAAGGAAAAUAACUUAGCAUAGUCCAAAAAGUCUAUAUUAUGGUUGAACAAGAACGUGAGGGACCCUAUAAAGGAAUACUCUUGCAUCCACGUCCUACACACAGUUAUUUUUAUAUAACACAAAUGCCCAAGGGCAAAAACUACAACUCCCAUGAUCCUUUGCCAGCCUUUAAAAUAGCAUAGCAUCAUGGCAGAUGUAGUUCGAAAACAUUUUUUCGGAUCUACCUUUUGGGCACCCCUACUAUAUAUGUAUAUCCUCACAGAUUAUUUUUCUACUUCUUCCUCGCAAUAUAUUUAUUCCUUCUUUUCUUCCAGUAGUUUUCAAGACUCUGGUUGACCCAGGCCAUUACCCUUAUCUCACCACCUGUCAAAUCUGUACACUUUUUGUUUGUCUCUUCAGCUGUCUCUUGUCUCCCGUUAUUUCACUGUUUACCUGUUCCCCUUUCAUUCUUCAAGCUUGUUCCCCCUCACAGCUAUUCUCGCGCCUUCCCUUUUUAAAAAAAAACAAAAAAAACCCUAAUUUGCCUUUUCUGUUUCUUCCAUUCUGUAUAUCCCAUAUUAUUUUUCCUGGUUUUUUUUUUGCCCACUAAACAAUUUAUUCUGCUGUCUCCCACUCUUCCAGCAGGUCACUUUGUUAUAUCUGACAUUGUGCAUAACAUAACCAAUAUUUCUUUGCAUCGUGAUCUACUGGAUGCAUUGUGCCCACGUGAACUCUGUAGAAACCACGCUCUCGUGCUAAUUUAAGAAAUCCCUAAUUCCCUCCAAACGUAUUCAUUUAUUUUCUUUCAGAAAACUAGAAGCACUUUCACAUCACCUCUUGGCUCCACUUGACCCAGUUCUGAGUUUAAUUAUUCAUCUCCCAUGCAUGGUGCUUUUUUAUGAAAUAGAAAAAAAGUGGAGACUUGUGGUGUGGACAAGAAAUAAUGGUUUGAGUCAAAAAAGGCGCCAUUUCGUUCAGUCAAAUAUAUUUAGGGCAAGAGUAUCUUUAUUGCACAUCUGAGUUAUGUACCAUUCACAAAUCACUAUUUAUAUCACGGAGUAAUACUAUAAUCAAACUCUUUGUCCUUAUAUUUACUGAUUCAGGUUUAGUGUGAACUCGUCUGUAUGUCUUUUCUAUCAGAUCUUUAUGUGGUUAUUUUUUAUUUUUUUUUAAUUUUUAUUCUUUAUUUAACAUUUGGCAAUGACAUAACAAGCAAAUUGCCGCACAUAUAUUCCCCAUUUUCCUGCUGAUUACAUUGCUAAUGAAAAAAAAAAAAAAGGAAAAAUCCCCAAGGCACCGGGCCCCGACCACAGUCCCCCAGCUCCCGCUCCUCGAGCCCAGUCCCAUGGUCGUGCACUUUGCUCAGAGUUUUUGGCUUGUAUGUGCGUCCCCUGAGCUAUUUAGCAGUCCCUUCCCAUGUCGAUGCUUGUGGUUAUUUUUUUGAUUGAAGACGUCCUAAGCAGUGCUGAUUUGUUUUCCUCAGGAAUACCGCAUCCUGGUGUAUAAUGGGGAUGUCGAUAUGGCGUGUAACUUCCUGGGUAAUGAGUGGUUUCUGGACUCUCUUAACAUUACGGUAAGCAUACCGUUACAUUUACCAACAACAGAGCUGCUGGAAUCAGGAUUGGGGAGAUUAAGGGUCACGGCUUUGAAACGGGUCAUGCAAUUUCUGCCACGCAGACUCUGCACACUUUUAGAGGGCUGCAAAAUCUCUUGUGCAUGUACAGAGCACUUUAAAACUUUCUCACCCGUCUAAUUGUGUUAUUACAUAUUCACACAUUUACAUUUGAUCAAUCUUAAAAGAGUAUUUUUUUUCUGAGAAGUUAGGAGAAAUCUGCUUGCUUCAGAAUAUUAUGUCCUUUGUGUGUAAUGUGUGGAUGAGGCUUUGCUACCAAAGUGACACAGAAGGAGUACCACUUUGAUCUCAAAAACCACUUUGAGAUCCAUGCUGCUCCAGAUCCCUUAGUGCUCCAACUUCUACUUCUUAGUUUACGUUAUUGAGUCUUGUAGUCUAGUCCAGUGGACAGGGCCUCCACCAGAAAUUUUGGGGCCCCUAACGGAGCUCAGGGCCCGCCUCCAAAACCGCCCACAGAGACCACCUCCAAAUCCCGCCCACAGGAAUACACACAACAGACACAAACGCAUUCACUGAUACAAAAGGACACAGAUACACACACACACACACACACUGAUACAUACUAACAGACACACAUACUGAUACGCAUAUAGGCAUACAUACUGACACACACAUACAGACAUACACACAUAUACAGACACACAGGCGUACAUAGUGACAGACACAUACUAACAUACAUACAGACACACAUGCAUAAGGACAUACAGACACAUUCAUAAUGACAUACAGACAGCCAUUCAUACUGGCAUACAUACAUUCAUACAGACAGACAUACACACAUUCAUAAUGACAUGCAGACAUACAUACACUGACAUUCAUACACACAUAAUGACAGGCAUAUAGACAUGCAUACAGACACUGACAUCCAUACAGAUAUACAUUCAUACAGACAGACAGACAGACAUUCAUACACACAUAAUGACAUGCAUACAGACAUACAGACAUGCAUACAUACAUACAGACAUACAUUCAUACUGGCAUACAUAAAUUCAUACAGACACUGACAUCCAUAAAUACACACAUUCAUAAUGACAUUCAUACACACAUACAGACAUAAAUACAUAAUGACAUACAUACAUACACACAGACAUACAUUCACAUACACAUACACACACAGCUCAUUUUCCAGCCACCCUCCUGUCUCUUACCUUGUCUUUGCAGGAGGGUGGCUGGGGCUGAUGGGACUGGGAGUCAGCUGGCUCUUCCUCUUCAUUGACAGGCACGUGCUCCUCCCGCGCGGAGUGGCAUUUUUAAUUUUUUUUUAAAGGGGCCCGGUCGCGCUAUACCAUGGCCACAGCGCUGACCGGGCCCCUGAAGAUAUGGGGCCCAUCGGGUGGCCCUAAGUGCGUGGGCCACCCGAUGGGCCCCAUCAGCGUGUGGGCCCCAUCAGCGUGUGGGCCCGGUGGAACUGCAGCCGGGCCCCCCAGGGCCGCAGGGCCCUUGACAACCGUUAUGGUUGUCACCCCCUGAUGGCGGCCCUGCCAGUGGAUGACAUGACCCGCAACACUUCAAACGAUGAAAUCGACAUUCCAGAAAUAGUUAGCCAUUUAAACUUAUAAAUCAUUUACCCGAAAAUAAAAUUCUCAACAUGUCCACUGCAUUGUAGUACACUUUAGGGUGAGUUAUAUUACUGAAGAGGUUUGAAUUAUGCUGACGGAUGGCUUUGGGUCUCAAAAGCAAUGUGAGAGUCGACUUGCCCAUCUCUUUACUUGACUUCCAGUGAUUUGUGAUUCACCUUCAUCACUUGCCUUUGCUAUAACUUCCAUUUAAACAUUUCAGUUGAGCUAUUUUUAGGAAUUAGAGGAACAGUCUCAAAGUGGCACUCAGGGCACCAAAACAACGUCACCUAAAUUAAGUUGUUAUGGUGCCAGGGAGGUGUGACUCGGACUGUAUAAACAAAGUGAUUUAACUCCUAAAUAGCAGAGAAUUGAACUGUGAGACUGCAGGUGCAUGAUCUAUACACCAAAACGGCUUCAUGAAGCUAAAGUGUUUUUUGGGGGGGUUUUUUGCUGAUAGCGUCCCUUUAUGUUUUUAUUUUUCCAAAUUAUUACCAUUCAAGGAACAGAGGAUGCAUUUUUCAAUGUCCUGAUUUUGUCUUGUAUGUGACAUUUAAAUGUUGUUUAGUUUAAGGCAAAUUACCGUCCGUGGCUAUAUACUGAGGAAGGGAAAAAGCAAAUUGCUGGGUUUGUGAAAGAAUUCUCUAACUUGACCUUCGUUACUGUCAAGGUAAGAAUGUAAGCAGUAUGUAUUUCUUUCUGCACUUCAGAUGUUAUGGACUCCCAUAAUGCUCUGGCAAAGGAUCAUGGGAGAUUUAGUGCAGACGGUUACCCUCCACUGUUCUACAGUAACUAUCUCUCACUGGCUUCCGUCAAUUCUUUUACAUGUCUUUCUGUUCAAAAUCCAACAUCACUUAAUUCCAUUAUACAACCUGAAUUGUUAGGAAUUUCAAUAUGAAUCUUAAGACUCUAAUAAAUAAGCUAUAAUGAGCUAUUUUAGGCUACAUUUUCCCAUUUGGAUUUCCGUUUGCUAUAAUUCAGAGUUGAGUGGAAAAAAGCCACGGUGACUGUAUGUAGGCAUUGUACCGUAAAUACAGUUGUCUGUCUAAGACCAACCAACUGUAUCACACUGGACAACAUCAGCACAAAAGUGUAGGAGCCUAAACAACUCCAUCUCUAGAGGAUAAGGCCAGGUGAGAUUUAAUUUCCAGUGGAGGUGACAAUCAGAUCAAUAUCAGACAGGAAAAUAGAUGGACUUUAUUAAAUUCGCUCUGCAUUGCAAGGCAAAAACAAAAACAAGUUUAUGUAUACAUGUUGGUAGUGAAGGUGUUAAACAUGGUGAUCUGUAAACAAGUAUAGUUAUAAAUGUGCCUAAAAUAAUUCGGAUGACAAAAAGGCAAACAUUAUUUUAACUUCUUAGCAUUCGGUUAAUACCACGCUGUCUUUUUUCCUUCUCCUGUGCAGUUCCCAAUUCCCCUGCAUACAUAAUUCUCUCUCUUAUUCCAAUACUUUUGAAUAUCUCAGCCAACAAUUUGUUACAUUUUAUCAGUGAUCCUUAACCUCUGGGUUUAGAACUAUGCUAUAUUGUUGAGUCCUCAAUGGUGUGCAACGAGGGAAGGGGAUGGUGGACAGCGUCUGGAAACCAAAUUAGGACCCUGAAAACCCCUAGGUGUCAUUUUUCCACAAUUUCAUUGUUAGCCAUGUAUCUUUGUAAUACUGAAAGGUAGAACUUCCAAUGAAUAAUUUGUGACAAAUUAUUCUGUGCACUAUAUUUAUAAUGCACUAUAUUUAGAGUUAAUUAUACAACACAGUGGGGGUGUUGAAGUGGGUACACAAUUUUGAUGCAGUGUGGUAAUGGGCUAAUGCAGCAGGUGUGGAGUUUGUAACUAUAGUUUCAUGAAAUAAAUACUCUGUAUCCAAUCAAAGAUUUAUAGACCACGGGUUUAGAAUUAUCUCCCAUGGUGCUAUACAGACCCUAAGAACACUGGGAAAUAUAAUAUACACCAAAAUAAUUUCUGCAUAAUACUAUGAAUGUAGACCGAGUUACUAAGCUAAUAUCAAGUUGAUAAAGAAUUUAAAAACCACCUGACUACCUACUGACAUUCAGUACACUGUCCUAUCCUUUAACACCUUGCCACGUUAAUCAUUGCAAUAGCUUAUUCCUUUGAAAACAUUUUUCCCUCUGUUCUGUAAGCUGAGUUUCACCUUUAUCAUCCCAAGCAUAUCCACUUUGUACAUUAUUUUAGCUCUACAGCAUGCAAAUUGUUGACAUUCUGUACAUUUUCCAGGAUCCUAACACACACACUUUUAACAUUUUUGCUUGAUUUACAGGGAGCCGGGCACAUGGUCCCAACAGACAAACCAAAUGCAGCAUUUGUCAUGUUUAGCCACUAUAUCCGGAAUGAGCCAUUCUAG